CCAUGUUCACGGUCCUUAAAUGGAAUGUGGAUCCAAGGAGGUGACACACGUGGUUUUGAUGCCAUCUCAAGCCAUGGGCUUUUGGGGAAUACUUCUGGGUUUGGUCUUCCUGCAGGAAAGUUGGGGACAAGAACAAAACAGAUUCAUCAUUUCAGCACCAGUGGUCUUCCACGUUGGAGUGUCGGAAAACAUCACAGUCCGAGCCCCCGGCCACACUGAUGCCUUUGACGCAACCAUCUCUGUAAAAAGCUAUCCUGAUGAAAACGUCUGUUACUCUUCAGGCUCUGUUAAUUUAUCACCAGAAAAUAAAUUCCAAAACUCUACAAUCUUGACAAUUCAGGCCCAACAGUUGUCUGAAGGACAAAGCUCGUUUUCAUUUGUGUAUUUGGAAGUUGUGUCAAAGCAUUUUUCAAAAUCAGAAAAAAAGCCGAUCAUCUAUGACAAUGGCUCUCUCUUCAUUCACACUGACAAGCCUGUGUACACUCCACAGCAGCCCGUAAAGGUUGGUGUCUAUUUGCUGGAUGAAGAGUUAGAGCCUGUCACAAAGGAAACUGUCUUAACUCUCAUAGACCCUGAAGGAUCAGAAGUUGACACAGUACAAGGAAGCAACCGUACUGGAAUCGUCUCUUUUCCUGACUUCAAGAUUCCUUCUAAUCCUAAAUAUGGCAGAUGGAUGAUUAAGGCUAAAUAUAGAGAAGAUGCUUCAACAAAUGGAACUACAUACAUUGACAUUAAAGAACAUGAUAAAGUUUACAAAAUAACUCUCAUGCCAAAAAGUGAUCUGCAACCCGAAGUAGAAAAUCAAGAUGAAGCACUAGGUGUGAUUCUCCAGCCAGAAAAAUACCUGGAACAAAAAAUAAAUGAACAAGCUUCUACAUACAAACACCCAGUGCUAAAGAAGUGUUGCUAUGACGGAGCCAUGUAUAAUUUUCAUGAAACCUGUGAGCAACGAGCUGCCCGUGUGAAAAUCGGCCCACGCUGCCUCAGUGCCUUCACCCACUGCUGCACCAUGGCAGACCAGAUCAGAAGGGACGACUCCUUUAAACGCAUCGCCUUGGCGAUCCCCCAAGAUAACUAUAGAGUCUUGACAAAUCUGGAUUUUCAAGCUUAAUCUGUCUCCAUACUGGAAUAUGCUCAACACUACUUCCUGCAAGAUAAAGUAGUUGAAGAUUACACAUAGUUUUUGCUGGAAACUAAUGGACAAAACCAAACUUCAUUCAUACAGCAUUGAAAUCCUUCCAUCGUAACUUUACAGUGAGGAACCUUGGCAGCAUGGAAGCCUUUUCCAAAACUAUAAUUUACCAGUCUGUCUCACAAGUGAGACCAAGUCAAUAAAACAUAUCACCAGAACAGCUUAGUAAUCCUCCCCUCCUUACUAUCAGGUGUUGAGGUGUGUUGACCCAAAAGAGGGUGCUCACAGCACUGUCCUGCCACAAAAAAUGCCGACAUGCUGCCCAGGGAGAGCUGAAGACUCAACAGCACAUGCUGCUGUGUGCCACCAAGCUGCCCAGAUGCCCACAUGUCCAUAACUCUACAUUAAAUCAUCAUGAGUGAUCAGUUAUGCCAGAAGAACAUGGGAGCCUCUAAAAUGAUACUGUGCUUAUAAAUAUGUAUCAUAAUCAGAAUAUUUAAUUCAAUAAAAUACUAUUACCCAUGUUGA